AUCACUUAUAUCUCUUCUUCAAUCCAUUUUCUUUGCAACCAAACACAACAAAAUGAAUCCAAUUCCAACCAACGCUACUACACAAGACCCAGAAGAGGUAGAAGAUACCCUUUCUCUCUGCGAUCUCCCACUUCACUACCAAGGAUCCGAUUCCCCUGUUUCCCCAAACUCCCCUUCUCAUCCACAAGACCUCUUUGAUUUCUCCUUCAAUCCACGAUCCGCUUCUUUUAACAGCAGCAUCGUCUUUUGUGGGAAAAUCGUGGAAGAACAAAAACGGGAUGAAAUCGAUGACUUUUCCGUGGAUCAAAGCCGGUAUCUUUUCCCCCUGAGCUCCGCUCGGCUUAUGAACAGCGAACACAAGAAAUUUAGGGACAAUUCGGGAAAAGCUGGCGUGGUGAAUUCAAAACCUGCUUCUUUGGAGUCGGCAGCCAGGUUCGGGAGUUGCCGGUACGGUAGUUCCAGGAAGCACAACGUGUUGAUUGGAUUGGCGAGGAUUCCAGCGAAGAUGGAGCUGAGUGAUAUAAAGAAGAGACAGAGUAAGAGAAAUCCGGCGCCGUUGUUUGUGAUGGAGGGUGGUGGGCAGCCGGAUUUGACCGUUAAAGGAGGUGGCGUCGGCUUGAGAGCGCUGAUGAAGCCGUUGAGGUGUAGAGCGCACCUUGCAAGAGCGUUGGCUAAGGCUUCUUUGGGCUGUAUUGGAUAUGUGUGAAUCGGGCUGUAUUGGGCACGGGCGAAGAGGCUUUGCACUUUUUUAUUAAAAAAUAUAUAUAUAUUUUUUUU